AUGGUGACGGGAAGUCAGGAACUGGAUGGAAAGUCCGUAUUAGGCGAGCGGUUACGCGAGAGAACUGGUGAUAGCGCGGGAGACGCGAAAUGUCUCAUUGAUAAAUCGGGAUUUGGGAGAGACAGUAAGAGUGGAGGAAUUAAUAAAUUACCCGGUUCAAGACGCCGGAGGGUCCCCUGGCGCCGCGCAGGAGCGCAGGCGGUCACAGGUCAUAUCGUACAGAAUUGCACAUCUAAGGGUUGCAAGCAUUGCGAAAAGAAACACAAUUCGUUAUUGCAUGUAGACAAGCCGGAGCAAGUACCAAAGGGCACAUUAAAUGCGGGCAGCAGUCAAUCAGGGGUAGAGUUGGCUGAUACAAACUGCAAAACACAAGGGAUUAACAGUGAUACCACUUCAUUAACAGCAAACGUUAAGGUACAUUCAGAGAUAUUAUUAUCAACGGCUUUGGUUCUCAUAAAAGACAAAUUCGGGAAAUCACAUGAAUGCAGAGCAUUGUUAGACUCUGGUUCUCAGUCCAAUUUCUUAACGAAAGAAUUAUGUGACAGGUUACAACUAUCAGUUCGAAAAACAAACGUGCCGGUAGCAGGAAACAUUAAUCUAGCGGACACCACUUUCAAUAAAUCGGGCAAGAUAGACAUUUUACUUGGAGCUACCAUAUUUUGGGAUUUACUUUGUGUGGGACAAAUAAGGUUAGGAAAAGGUUUGCCUAUCAUUCAGAAAACAAAGUUAGGUUGGAUAAUUUCGGGAACGGUACCCCCUACGCAAUCAAGUCUGACUAAGCAAACACGAAUCUGCAAUCUUAGUGUAGAACAAAACGACAAUCUAAACCUACAAGAUCAGUUGGAAAAGUUUUGGAGAAUAGAAAACGUCCAGAAUCACCAUAUUUUAUCAAAAGAAGAAAGGGUAUGCGAAGACAUUUUUGUCAAAACGACAGAGCAAAACGGAGACGGAAGAUUUAUAGUAAAUUUACCAAUACGUGACAACUUGGAAGAAUUAGGAAAUUCGUACUCAAGGGCAUUGAAGCGAUUUAACAAUUUGGAAAAUAGGUUGGCAUCAAAUGAGGAGUUUGGAAAACAGUACAGGGAUUUCAUGAAAGAAUAUGAAGAUCUAGGGCACAUGACAAAGAUCAAAGAUCAUUUGACCAAUGAAACACAUAAGGUCGUGUAUUACUUACCUCAUCACGGAGUCUUACGCGAAUCUUCACAAACGACAAAACUUCGUGUUGUUUUCGAUGGUUCAGCUGAAACAGAUACAGGUGUUUCUUUAAAUCACAAAUUAAUGGUUGGUCCAAAAAUCCAGGAUGACUUGUUCGACAUUCUAAUCAGAUUUCGUAAGUACAAUUCCGUUAUCGCAGCGGACGUCGCAAAAAUGUACCACCAAGUACUGAUAAAAGAAGAACACAGGGACCUGCAGAGAAUUUUUUGGAGACCAUCAAUUAAUGGGCAUCAAUCAGGCAUGGACGGAGCACGCUCCUUAGUUUCCUUAGCUUAA